AUGUCGUGGCUUCUUCGGGAAGCAGCAACUCUCUCCACGAGAACUUAUAGUGUUCCAGAACUCAACUUGAAGUUGGACUUGUCGUACAUUACCCCACAGUUAAUUGUAUGUUCGGGUCCCGUAAACUCUUAUCGAAAAUCAUGGUAUCGAUAUACUACCAGUAGUUUACGUGACUUUCUAAACCACAAACAUGUCUCUAAUGGACAAAAACAUUGGCGUAUAUGGAACUUUCGUGGGGAAGGACCUGGCUACUCAAUGAAAGAUUUUGAAAAUCGGGUUGCAUAUUUCCCAUUUCCCGAUCACCAACCGCCACCAUUCAAUAUCAUGAUAAGAAUAGUUGCAAGUAUCGACAACUACUUGGGCUCUGACCCUCGAAAUGUAGCUGUGUUACAUUGUAAGGCCGGAAAAGGCCGGUCUGGGACCAUUGCUUGUGCUUAUAUCAUGUAUAAGAGCAUUGAGGAACGUCUUUUGCACCCACAAGAAGCCAAUGAUAUAUUCACUUCCCGUCGCAUGAACCUCCAUUUUGGCGACGGUGUUUCAAUUUUGUCACAACGAAGGUACUUGAACUACUGGUAUAGCUUUCUCUUUCAGCUGCAGAAUACUGAUAACAUUCUAGUGCCAUUAGACCAACCACCAAUAACCAUUGAAAAGAUUAUGGUGAAAGCCGCAAGAAUUCCCUUCGACAUAAAGCUUGAGACAUACAGGUUUAAAGAAUCGGGCUACGAAGGAGUGGAGGGAAUGGUGGAAUUGUUCAAAUACCAUGUUUCUCCAACAAAAGGUACGUCCCACAUCACCAUAAAUGUACCCCAUCUCCAAGUUUCCUCUGCUCUGGAUUUGCGCCUAACUAUCACCGAAGCUUGUUACACCUGGUUCUGUCCGCAUUUUGAGACAAACCGGUAUUUCCUCGAGUGGACCUCUUUCGAUGGGUACUUGGGAACACAAUUUCGAGGUCCACAGAUCUUUGACAUGUUGGAGGUAAAUUGGAGAGAGUGA